AGAUCAUUUCAAUAAUUCAAUUUCUAAUUGAUAAAACUUUUUUUAAAAAGUAAAAACGAAACUUGAUCAAAAAUUUGUACAGUUAAAUCCAAAUGUUUCGACAUAAAACAUAGUAUAAACAAUUUGAUUUUGUGUAAUUUGUUUUGAUCGCUAUUUCCAUAAUGUUGUGUGCGUCUCGUUGCACCAGAUUGUGUCAGAAUAUAAUAAAUAAGCACAACAAUUCCAUAUUAACUAAAAUCCCUAAUCGAAACGGUUACAUUGUCUUAUUACCAGAAGUAAGUAAAGACGUAACUGAACGUCUUGUACAAGUUAAUACCGACCAUCCAGUUUUCAGUGGUCUGGACAUUAAAAAAUGUGAAAACACAAUAAACAAUCAAUUAAUAGAUUUUGAAUGUGGAAUACGAGACUUGGAAGAUUAUUUAAAUUCUGUCGAAGAUGGGAAAUAUGAUUUAUUUAAAGAUGUUUUGGAACCCAUUGAAAAUCUUAGUCAUAAAUUUGAUAAUAUGUGGGCGGUUUUAAAAACGUUAUACUUGACAGAUAUGUCGAUUAUGCCACCUAGAAUUUAUUAUCCAAUCCAUAAUAAAGCAUGUAUGUCUCGCGCAACAAAAUAUAAUAGCAAAGCCAUUUAUGAAGCAUGCAAAAAAGCAGAUUUAUCACAAUUAACUGAAGAACAAGUAAAUGUUAUAAAUAAAUUUCUCAAAGAAGGGAAACUUAAUGGUCUUGAUCUUGAGGAAAAAUUAGUUUAUUCAUUUAAAGCCAAUAAACAAGAGUGCAGUACUAAACAGAAGUACUUCAAAAUUCGAUUAGAAAUGGCGUGGGGUCAAUUUCAGCAUGUUAUUGACAAUCCACAAUUAGUGAAAGAUUUCCCCGAUGAUCUACUAUCUUUAAUGGCACUAAAUAAGGAUAAUCCAAAAAAGAGACCUUGGAAAGUAUCUUUAACCUGGGGUACAGCAGAAAGAUUUUUAGAGUAUUGUCCGGACAGAGAUAUACGUUGGAAUGUAUGGCAAGCCUAUGAAAAAGCUGGUUCACCUGCCGAUUCUCUUAGAGAACUUAAUAAUGGUUUAGAAGUUGAAGAAAUAAGAAAACUAAGACUUGAAGCAGCUCAGAAAUUGGGUUUUAAGAACUAUGGUGAAUUAUCGAUGAGUACAAAAAUGGCCCCUUCGACUGCAGUGGUUGAAGAAACUUUAUUAUCAGUAUUAGAAAAAGCAAGGCCUUUGCAAGAUAAAGAAAUUGAAUCACUUCAGGAGUUUUCGAAUAAGAAAGGAAAUGAAUACCCAAUACAAUUAUGGGACGUUCCGUAUUGGUCAAGGUUACAGAAGAAAGAACUUUUUGGGUAUGAUGAAGUAUUGUGGGCAGAAUAUUUUCCCCUGGACCGUGUGCUAGAUGGCCUAUUUGAAUUAUGUCGUCGUGUUUUUGGUAUUCGUAUUCUUGAAAUGCCAAAUAAAGCAGACGUUUGGCAUCCUGAUGUGAAAUAUUAUGAAAUUUUACGUGAAGAUGAACCCACUAUUAUGGCUGGUUUUUAUUUAGAUCUAUGUGCAAGGCCGACCAAAAUGAGGAGUGUUGGUGAACCCGGUUGGCUUAUUACACACAGGACUGCAUCAUCGAAUCCAAAAAAAGUACUGCCCCUUUCAGCGCUUAUUUUAAACAUGCCUGCGACCCAGAACAAAACCCCAAGCUUGUUGAGUUUUAAUCAAGUUCAUACACUGUUUGGCAAAUUUGGUCAUCUUUUACAAAAUAUUCUUUGUCAAGUCCAUUAUGCUGAAGUAUCUGGAUUGAGCAAUGUAGAAUGGGACGCGAUAGGAAUUACUAGCAAUUUUAUGACUCACUGGUUGUAUGACAAAGAUACUUUUGAAAGUAUUAAUAGUCAUUACAAAACUGGAAAGGGAUUGCCAAGUGAUCAGCUAACUGAAAUAAAACAACAUAUGGCUGGAUUUCUUUUGUGCGAAGAGUUAUACAAAGCUAUACUAGACAUAAAAAUGCAUACAACGACAACACAUUGGAAUGACUUGGUGAAAGACAUGUGGAAUGAUUAUUAUGCAUUUCCAUUAAGUAAAUGGAACAGUUUCCCGUGUAGGUUUUCUGAAGUCAUGUCCUCCGAAAAUGGUGCCGCUAGUUACUACUCCAAUAUAUGGUCUAGAAUGAUUGCCGCAGAUGUUUUUCAAUCAUUUAAAGUACCCGACGAGUCUAUUAAAAACACAGGACUUAGUUUUAGAGAUACAUUUUUCUCGUUUGGUGGGAGCUGUCCAGCAGGAGAAAUUUUUAGACGUUUCAAAGGACGUGACCCUAACCCAAAAGCCUUUAUCAACGACCUUGGACUUGAUAAAAAUAGUAAUUAGAUGUAUAUUAAAAAAAAUAUAUAUAUAUGUAAUGUAAAGUCUUUUUAUUGUGUAUGUCCCUUACAAUACUGUUAUGCUUUGAUUUUAAUUUUUUUCCUAUAUGAUCGACAAAAUAAAAUUAAAAUUAUAGUUUAAA